AUGACAAUGAACUCAAAUGCAUCACAGGCCAACCAUCACAGUUUCAUUUUAACAGGUAUCCCUGGGAUGCCAGAUAAAAAUGCAUGGAUGGCCUUUCCCCUGGGAUUUCUCUACACACUAACUCUCCUGGGAAGUGGUACCAUUUUGGUUGUCAUCAAGGUAGAUGAGAGUCUCCAUGAGCCUAUGUACUACUUCCUCUCCAUCUUGGCUCUCACUGAUGUUAGUCUCUCCGUGUCCACCUUGCCCUCCAUGCUCAGCAUCUUCUGGUUUAAUGCCCCUGAGAUUCCCUUUGAUGCGUGCAUUACACAGAUGUUUUUCAUCCAUGGACUUGGAGUGGUAGAAUCAGGAGUGUUAGUGUCCAUGGCCUUUGACAGAUUUGUGGCCAUCCAAGACCCAUUACGCUAUGCUUCUAUCCUCACCUAUGGCAUCAUUGGAAAGAUCAUCCGGGCAGUCUGUGUAGUCUUCCCUGUUCCCUUCCUUAUAAAGUGGUUACUUUUUUGCCGUUCCAAUGUCUUGUCUCAUUCAUACUGUCUCCACCAAGAUGCAAUGCGGCUAGCCUGUGCCAGCACCCGCAUUAACAGUCUCUAUGGACUCAUCAUAGUCAUCUUCACAUUGGGGCUGGAUGCCCUCAUCAUUCUCUUUUCUUAUGUGCUCAUCCUAAAGAUUGUGCUGGGCAUUGCUUCCAGAGAUGAAAGGCUCAAAGCCCUUAACACCUGCCUCUCUCACAUCUGUGCUGUGCUACUCUUCUAUAUUCCUCUCAUUGGUGUCACCAUGAUCCACAGAUUUGGAAAGCGUUUGUCACCAGUAGUCCACACACUCAUGGCCAAUAUCUAUCUGUUACUCCCCCCUGUACUCAAUCCCAUUGUCUAUAGUGUGAAGACCAAGCAGAUACGAAGGCAGAUCAUAAACAUAUUCCAGAGGAAAAUGAACAGGACCUAG